AUGACACUUUCAGCAUCAGCUACAGUAUACGAGCCGAGGGGGGAGUUACCGAUAGUGAACGAUGACCCGCGUCUUGCGUGGCUUGCGGCUCGCGUGAAAAGUUGCCUUUACGGUGUGGAAGAUGAGUCCAUCGCAGAACUGUACAGCGACGAGACCGCCAGGCGACUAAUCGUAGGGCUCUUCGAGAGCCCACGGGAACGCUUUCUCUCCAUUUUCUGUAGCGAAUACACAUCAACGGAAGGCGGCAGCAUCGUAAACAAACCUGCCACGUUAGAGCAGCGAAAACUUCCUCCAAAGUUGUUUGCUACGACACAGGCGAUUAAGAACUCCAACAUUACCGGCUCCGCGAAUUAUCCACCAGACCGGACAAGGUGCAUCUUUUUUGUUCGUGUCGACAAUGUACAGUUAACCAAAGAGCUUGUGAGUGAUUGGAAGACCGAACCCCACUGCCCCAUCCAUAAGGCUUUUGAGAUUUCCUGCAUGGUCGUACCCUCACUGUCUUCCUUUCAUACUCUGUUAGAACACGCCUACGCGCCAAUUGUAGAAGACGUGGUGGCCUCCGUUGGGCGAGGCCGUUCUAUGGUCGCCAAGAAGCUGGCAAACCGACAACUCUACACUGAAAUUUUGAACUGGGUGCAGCGUAUCGACAUGCAAAUGAUGGGGUUUCGAAAUCAAGUCUGUGCGGAGCGGCGACUCCCGAUUCCACAGGUGCUGGUGUCUAUGGGGUACUCCGAUUCCGGAAUGAAGUCUGCGCUUGCCAACGAGGAUGUUAUUAAGCAGAUUGACAUCACCGUUGCCCAGUGGCAGGCGGAGAUAAGCUAUGCCAUGUCGCUUGAUCCACAGAAGGAAGGUCCGCUUGGGGAGAUUGAGUACUGGCGUGAAAAAUAUAGUACUAUUAGCGCCUUGUACGAGCAGAUUAACUCACCCCAGGCAAAGUUUAUCUUGAAGGUGGCAAAAGAAGCAGAAUGUAACUCCUUUCACUUGAUCUCCACGACUAUUCAACAAUUUUUUCGUCAGUACGCUGAGGCAAAGGACAAUGUGAAAUUUCUUGGUACUUUGGACCGUCAUUUUCGUGCCUUGCAAGGGGUGACGCCAGGUUCUGGCUCGCUUCAGCCGAUCAUUGACACGCUGUCAUCUAUGAUGACAGGAGUACGCAUGGUGUGGAUUAUCUCUCGCUAUUACUGCACGGAGGAGCGUAUGGUGGGCUUAUUGGAGAAGGUUGGAAAACUAAUUGCUCAAAAAGUUUCACAACACAUUGAUUUUCGUAGUAUUCUGAGUCUGCCCUUUGCUGAGGCUAAAACGAAGGUAAGUGAGGGACAGCAGUGCCUGCUCAAAUGGAAAUCCACGUAUGUCACGGUACAGGAGGAGAUUAAUAGUAGUGAGCGUGAACAGCCGUGGAAUUUUAACCAGAAGCGCCUAUUUGAAACAACCGACUACAUGUCUGAUCGUUGCACCGAUUUGUUGGAGGUUAUAGAGACGGUGGAAUACUACAACACGGUGCUGGGGGCGCAGCUAAAAACCGUACUCACCGACACCAGCGGCAUUGAACGCAUUUUGAAGGAUGUGGAUCGUGUCAAGCGCCCGUUUGAGACCCUCACAUUUGACCCCUUUGAGCGCAAGGCGACGCACAACUGGCAGGUGGUUUACUCCAACUUUGUAAACACCGUUGCCAACCUGGACCAUGAGGUCUCUGUGUUUAUCAACAAAAUCUUUGAUGAUGACUUGCGGAGCGCCGAGUCUGCCUUUGAGCUCCUGCUCUCCUUUAAAGGCAUCGCGUCUCGCCCCCAGCGGGUCGGUGAGGCCUUUGACACCGCGUCACUUCUAUCGGAAAAGGCGGAUCGUAUUCUGGCACAGUACUUUAGCGAGGUGGAGCGGGUGCGAGGCAUCUUCGUCUCGCACUGCGAGAAUCCCCCACUCACAAAGAAUCAGCCUCCGGUGGCAGGUGCCAUUCACUGGAGCACGUCCCUGUUUCAGAGGUUAAAGAAGCCGAUUGUGCGGUUUCAGCAGGAGGGCAUGCUGGCCACGGCCAUGGGGCGACAAGUGCGGGCGAAAUACGUGGAGGUGGCGCGGCAAAUGAAGGAAUAUGCCACCACACGUUUUAUUCAAUGGUGCGGGGGGGUGCGGCAGACGACGACAACGUCGCUAAAGAUGAAUAUUCUUCGUAAAGGGCCGCGAGACGCGUACGUCGCAAACUUUGACAUCGCCCUCUUUAACAUCAUACGGGAGGCGAAGUAUCUAGACCGCCUCGGCUUUGAAGUGCCACAGGAGGCCAUUAAUGUCACGCUCCAGGAUGAGUCUUACCAUGCGAAUGUGGACGCGCUCAAGGCGAUGCUGGUAAGCUUUAACUGCGAGUUACAAGGGGCCCUGAAUGGUCCGGAGCGCGUUAUCUUGGGCAGAAACAUUCGGGAACUGAGGCUUGCCCUCGAGCCAGGGAUCCAUGACAUCAACUGGACAAGUUUAGGCAUACCGGACUUCAUCACCAACUGCGAGCGCGCCAUCACAAAGUUUCGCAACUUAAGCCGGGAAGUUCGCAAGCGCGCCGAUCACAUUCAGACGCAGGUGGUGAACAAAAUUGGUUCCACAAGACUUAUUCCCGAGUUUGAGCAACUGCUACAGGCUGGUGGGGAACUGCCGGAGUUGCAGGUCCUCGUGGACACGAUUGAGCGACGUCGCACGGACUUGGUCGACGCGUGCCUGCGUGCAUACCGCACCGCCAAACCCCUCUUGACGAAGAUGGAGAGUCAGCUGGUUGGCACCCACACAGGGAAGUGCCUCAUCCUGGAGAGCUACUACCUGCACUGGGAGCAUCGCAUUUGGAAGGCGCUCACGCGGAUGGUGCUCAACUCUCUGCUAGCCUUUGCAAAAAUGGUGGGAUACCGCAGCUCCUCUACAACGACAAAGCGUCCCCCGCUUUUUAAGGUAUUGGUCUUUUUGACGACGGAGCCAACCUUCUCACCACCGCAGCAGGAGAUCACGAGUGCGUUUCACAAGGUUCAAUCCAGCAUCAUUGAGUCCUCGCAGCGGUUUCAGCGGUGGAUGCGGGGAACGUGUAUUGAGUUCACACAGGGCGAACUGGUACCACGGCCACCGGAGGGUGAGCAGGAUACACUCUUUACCUACUACAAGGAGAUCAAUGAUCUUCCGCAGGUGCACAAGCUCCAGGCGAUCAUAAAUCGCACCAUUCAAACUCAUUUGUCUGCGCUUGCAACAAAUAUGAAGGUACUUCAGCGCUACCGUUUUAUUUACCUCGCGGACAAAAAACUUUCUGUGGAGCAGCAGGCAAAGAGCCAAUUUCACUGGAUUGACUACGACGCGAAGUUUCAGCUCUACUUUAAUAUGAUUGCGGAUUUUGAUGCCGAGGAACACAUACACGAUUUUGGUUUUAUGCGCUGCGACGAAAGCGCCUUUUAUGCAGAGCUGGUGGAGCAUGUGCAUCAGUGGAUUGCGAUGGAGGGGGCACAAAUGAAUGACACAGUUCGGGCACGCAUGCAGAAGCGUUUGAAUUUUAUUAUCCUUGUAAAUAAAAAUUUACAGCGGCCGUGUGAAAGCAUUGAUGAUUUGAAGUUUGUACUAGAAGCCAUGCACGACGCCCGUGCCACUUCCCUGGAUGUGGAGCAGGACAUCCGUGAAAUCAGGUACAUUUAUGAGUCCAUUAUGCACUUCGGCGUCAAGGUGGACCCACAGGAGCUGAAGGAGGCCUUAGCGCUUCAAGACUUGUGGGAGUGUACCCUCGCGCGGCUGCAUAACCUGGAGGAAGAACUGGAGCCGAAGAAGCUGCAAUUCCGGACGUAUACGCGUGCGGAGGUGGUGGCCUUCCUUGAGGGGGGCAAGUCUGUGUUGCAGGAGUUUCAUCAAAAGGGCCCUGGUCGGGCCCAUAUUGACUUGCAGGAGGGCAAUAAUCUCAAGAAGGAGUGGCGGGAACACUUGACACAGCUGCAGGCGAAACGUGAUAAGUUGACGAAGGCCGAAAAACUGUUUGACUUGCCGCUUACAGGUCACACCUGCCUGCAACAGUUGAACGAGGAGCUGACAAGGGUGGAGGCAGUGUACGAUCUCUACGAGCGAUGGGUCGCCAUCUUAAAGCGUUGGAAUCGCAGCAGCUGGAAGGAUCUUCUUCUGGAGGACCUUCAAACCACCACCGAUGAGAAGGUAAAGCAGGCACGCGUGCUCGGUAAGACGCAUGGGAAUGUGCACCCCUUUAGUGACGUCCAGCAGCUUAUUCUGAACUUUCACUCCUCAUUGCCACUGUUGGCAAAGUUGAAGAGCCCGGCGCUGAAGCAGCGUCACUGGAUGGAGCUCAUGCGGGUUACAGGGAAACAGUUUUCGAUUGAGCAAAUUAAUUUGGAUGAUUUUAUUGCCAUGGAACUGUACCGUUUUUCGGACGCCAUUGACACAAUUAUUCUGACGGCGGCGCGGGAACAGGCGGUGGAGAAGGACAUUAUGGCUGUCAAGGAGUUUUGGUCAAAGGCAGAGUUUGCACCGGUGCCGUAUGAACCGCGUAAGGGUGAAAUUCACUGCUGUGUUUUGAGCGAUACAAGCGAGAUUCAAGAGGCUGUGGAUGAUAACAUUUUGAAGAUGCAAUCCAUUGCUAACGUGAAGUGGGCGCAACCAUUCAUAGAUGAUGUGAAGCUCUGGGAAAAGAAGUUGGCGAUGAUCAACGACGUGAUUGCGGUGUGGAUUGCGGUGCAGGUGAAGUGGCAAUAUUUGGAGUCUAUUUUCAAGGGCAGUGACGACAUUGCCAAUCAACUUCCGAAGGAAACCGCAAAGUUUAACGACUUGGACAAGAAGUUUGUUCGUAUCAUGAAUGAAACAGCCUCGGCGCCGAAUGUGGACAUCUGCUGCAAUGUGACGGGUCGUCUUGAGGAGUUUCGCAUCCUGGAGGAGAAGCUCGAGGAGUGUCAGAAGGACCUCUCCAACUAUCUUGAGACAAAGCGGCGUAUGUUUCCCCGCUUCUACUUUAUCUCCGACGAUGAGUUGCUCUCCAUUUUGGCUGCCAGAAGUGCGAAGGCGGUGCAAGAUCACAUGCUGAAGAUGUUUGACAACUGCGCUUAUCUCAUCUUCAAGAAAGACGAGGCUGAAACCAUCUGCGGGGUGGAAUCGCAGGAGGGUGAGAUAGUGAAUUUUGACCGCCCAGUGGCAACCAUGGACACGCCUGUGGAACAGUGGCUGCAGGAGGUUCUGGAGGAGUCCCGCUCGACGCUGCGUGACACUCUCAAGGCGGGCGUUUACUACUACCCUCGUAUGCAACGCCUGGAUUGGUUAAAGAAGUAUCACGGCAUGGUGGCACUCACAGGGGCGAAAAUUUGGUGGACGUUUGAGGUUGAGGAUGCUUUUAACGCCCUCAAGAAGGGAAAGAAAAGUUCAGUGAAGGAUUUAUCAGGGAAACUAACACAACAACUCAUUGAUCUCGUGGGAGAAAUGGACAAGGACAUUGAGAAGCAGUACGCUAAAAAAGUUAACACACUAAUCAUUGUGGACGUGCACGGGAGGGAUAUUGUGGAUCGCUUUGUGCGAGACUCCGUCACGGAUGCUCGUGAGUUUGAUUGGGAAUCCCAACUACGGUUCUACUGGGAGCGUGAGGGGGACACCUGCGUUAUACGGCAAUGUACAGGUCGGUUUAACUACGGCUAUGAAUAUAUGGGGUUGAAUGGUCGACUUGUGAUCACGCCGUUAACAGACCGUUGCUUCAUGACUUUGACGCAGGCGCUUUCCUUCUACCUUGGUGGUGCCCCCGGUGGCCCGGCGGGGACGGGGAAGACCGAAUCCGUCAAGGAUCUCGCCAAGGCGCUGGCCAUUCAGUGUGUGGUGUUUAACUGUGGCGAGGGGUUAGACUACAAGGCGAUGGGGAGCAUCUUUUCUGGACUUUCGCAAACGGGAUCAUGGGGCUGCUUUGAUGAGUUUAACCGCAUUGAACUGCCCGUGCUCUCUGUGGUGUCGGAGCAACUGCGUUGCAUUCAAAGUGCUCUGAAGGCUGGAGAUGAAGAAUUCCUCUUUGGUGACAGCACAGUUCGUCUGGUGCCAACAGUCGGUGUCUUUAUCACGAUGAAUCCUGGCUACGCCGGUCGUGUUGAGUUACCUGACAAUCUCAAGGCCCUGUUUCGGCCGGUGGUGAUGGUUGUGCCGGACAUGGAGUUAAUUGCGGAGAACAUGCUUUUUUCUGAGGGCUUCAGAACGGCGCGUGAACUUGCCAAGAAGAUGGUGACGCUUUACCAACUCGCCCGAGGGCAACUCUCAAAACAGUACCACUAUGACUGGGGUCUGCGUGCACUAAAAGCAGUACUGGUGAUGGCAGGGCAGCUGAAACGUGGCGCACCUGAGCUAUCGGAAGACUCGGUGCUGAUGCGUGCACUGCGCGACAUGAAUACCCCGAAGUUUGUCGCCGAGGAUGAACCGCUUUUUAAAGGUCUCAUUGGAGAUUUGUUUCCUGGCCUUGACCCGACGCGUGCACCGCAAGAAAAUCUUUCCAAGGCUGCGACCAAAGUCUUCAAGGAUCAGGAGUUUUACGUGGACGCCAAACAGGUUGAUAAAGUGGUGCAACUGUACGAGACGAUGCAAACACGGCACACAUCUAUGGUGGUUGGUCCCACAGGGGGUGGCAAGUCAGCUGUGAUUAACUGCCUUUGUAAGGCACAAACAGAUCUCGGACUACUAACGAAGCUGUACAUCAUCAAUCCGAAGGCUCAACCGACUACUGCCCUCUAUGGUGUCAUGGAUCCUCUUACGCGAAGCUGGACGGAUGGUAUUUUUUCUAAUAUCUUUCGUUCCAUUAAUCGUCCUAAUGAAGGUGGCGAGCGUGAGCGUCGCUAUGUUGUCUUUGAUGGCGAUGUCGAUGCCAAAUGGGUGGAGGAUAUGAACUCUGUUAUGGAUGACAACAAACUGCUUACGCUUCCCAAUGGAGAACGUAUUCGUUUGCGUCCGACGAGUUCCUUGCUUUUUGAGGUGGGAGAUUUACAGUAUGCCUCGCCCGCCACUGUGUCACGUGUGGGUAUGGUGUUUGUUGACCCUGUGAAUCUUGGUUGGAAACCUUUUAUGUACUCAUGGAAGCUAAAGCGUCCACGUGACGACCUAGACACCCUGAACGAGCUCGUUGACAAGUACGUGGAACCGCUCAUCAAUUUUGUGUUUGAUGGCAUUGAUGGAGAUACGGUGACGAACCCUCCGAAGCAGGUGAUCCCGACAAAUGAUGUGAACAUGGUCCGCCAGCUGACCACCAUGCUACACACUAUCUUACCACAGCAAGUGGCUCUGGAACCAAAGGCAUUGCAAUGUGUCUUUUUGUUUUGCUCCGUGUGGAGCUUUGGCUCUUUAAUUGCCACAGCUGAGGAUCGUGUUCGCUUCGACGUCUUCCUGAAAAAGCUCAGUGGGUGGAACUUGCAGGAUGUGGGCGACAACUUCCUCACCCGUUUUGUUGGUAGUGGAUCCCUCCCAGAGCGCAAAACUCUCUACGACUACUUCUUUGACCUCGACGACAACCGUUGGAAGCCGUGGCAUAUUCUAGUGAAGCCGUUUACGCGUCCACCAGGGGCAAAGUUUGGCUCCCUGCUUGUGUCUACGGUGGACACCGAGCGAAACAUGUGGCUGCUAAAUAAAAUUAUUCUCAACCGGACCCCUGUCAUGUUGGUGGGUGAGAGUGGCACCGCAAAGACGGUCACCAUUCAGGCCUACCUUAAACAGCUGAGGCAGCGCUCGCAGGAGGCAGACCCUGCUGCCGACGAGGACGUGCAUUUGGAGGAGAUGUUGCUGGAGCUGAACUUCAGCUUUCGCACCACCAGCCUUGACGCACAACGGGCCAUGGAGGACAACAUUGAGAAGCGCACCAACACCGUGCUUGGUCCUCCAGCAAAGAAGCGGCUCUUGGUAUUUGUGGACGAUAUUAAUAUGCCCCGCGUCGAUCUCUACGGCACGCAGCAACCCAUCGCCUUUUUGAAGCUGUUGGUGGAGCACCAUUCCUGGUACGAUCGAAAGGAUUUACUCUUUAAAAGUGUGCGGGACACACAGUUUGUGGCGGCGAUGGCUCCACCUGGUGGUGGUCGCAACGCCCUUGACCCACGCUUUGUGUCACUCUUCACAAUCUUCAACAUUCUGUUUCCUUCCGAUGAGUCUAUCAACACCAUCUACGGUCAGAUUUUGUGUGACGCGUACAAGUCGAUGACAGCGGAGUUGGGUGACUUGCCGAACCGGCUCACAGCUAUGACACUCAGCUUGUACCAACAACUCUUCAUCACACUCCCUGCGACGCCCACCAAGUUUCAUUACAUUUUUAAUUUACGUGAUUUGUCCAGGGUUUACGAAGGACUCUGCCGAGCCACCCCAGAGAUGUUUCCUGACGCGAAAAGUAUUGUGCGGUUAUGGCGCAAUGAGAUUUCUCACGUCUUUAUGGACCGCAUGUCAGAUGUUGCUGACAAGGAGUUUGUCGCGGGUCUUGCACGGGAUGAAAUUAUGAAGCACUUUCCAGACACGAUGGAGUUUGCCCUGGCGGAGCCCUUCUUGUUUGGUGACUUUGGUGACUUUGAGCCGGAGAGCGAUGUAGAACCGCGGAGCAUUUACGAAGAUUUUGGAGCGGAGUAUGACAAGGCUCGCGCAUUGGUGGAGGCGAUGCUGGAGGAGAUUAACACACCGACGAAGAAGAUGGAUUUGGUGAUGUUUGACAUGGCGCUGGACCACCUGCUUCGCAUCACGCGUGUUCUCUCCCUUCCCCGUGGCAACUGCCUCUUGAUUGGCGUUGGUGGGAGUGGCAAACAGUCUCUCACAAAAUUGGCGGCUGCCAUGUACCGGAUGGGUGUAUUUGAGAUUGUGCUCUCUCGCCACUACAACGAGGAUGGGUUCCGCGAGGACCUAAAGCGCCUGUACACUCGUGUCGGUAUACAGAGGGAGAAGGUUGUGUUUUUGUUCAUGGACAACCACGUGAAAGAAGAGGGGUUUCUGGAGCUUAUUAACAACAUGUUAGCCUCCGGUAUGGUCCCCGCGCUUUUCACCGAGGAGGAAAAGGAACCGCUUUACAAUAGCGUGGUAGCGGAGGUCGAGGCGGAUGGCUUGGUCCCCUCCAAAGACAACAAGUGGACGGCCUUUGUCUCUCACUGCUGUGAGAACUUGCAUGUGGUGCUUUCAAUGAGUCCUUCUGGCCAAAUUCUGCGCACACGUUGUCGCAACUUCCCAAGUCUUAUCAACAACACGACCAUCGAUUGGUUUCAGAAGUGGCCAUCGCAGGCGCUUGAGGCGGUUGGGAAACGGCUUCUACAUGAGAAGCAGGUGUCAGAGGAACUGAAGGAGACGAUUGUGGGUCAUGCCGUGUACGUGCACCUGACCGCCGACGAACUCUCCAUGCGUUACUUGACGGAGUUGAAGCGACACAAUUACGUCACCCCGAAGAACUUUCUUGGGUUUCUGGCAAAUUACUCGCGACUGCUCAUCACUCGUCGGGAGGAGAUUGAUGACUUGGUAAAGAAGUUUGCGAUUGGGCUGGAGAAACUUGACCGGGCCCAGGAGGAUGUGAAGACUCUGCAAGAGGACCUUGCUGAGAAGGAGGUGACACUGCGUGAGAAGCAGGAGAUUAACGAGCGCAUGACGAAGGAGAUUAAGGAGCAGAAGGAACGCAAUGAAAAGCGCAAGGUGGAGGCGUUAAGUAUGGAGGAGGCACUGAAUGUGCAAAGUGCGGAGAUUGAGAAGGAAAGUGCUGAGGCGCAGGAGGUGCUUGAUCUUGCCAUGCCUGCUCUUGAGGAGGCCACGGAGGCGGUGAGGCACAUCAACUCAAAAAGUAUCACAGAAUUAAAGUCCUUCACCAAACCACCCGUGAGUGUGGUGGCAGUGGUGCGUAUGGUGUGUGUCGUGAAGGGUGUUCCGGCAACGUGGGACUCUGGAAAGAUUAUGAUGGGCCAAAACGACUUUAUUCGUUCACUUAUUGACAUUAACUCUCUCGCCUCGACGCUAAAUCAGGGGAAGAUCAAUGAGAUCAAUAAAAUUCUCAAGGAAUUUCCGGUUAAUUCCAACGACCUAAAGAAGGUCAGUUUGGCCGCAUCGGGUCUGAUGAUUUGGGUGGAGGCAAUGAAGGCCUACUGGAAUACAGCGAAGGAGGUGUUGCCCAAGCAAGCUCGGGUUCGGGAACUGCAGGAGGCGAAGGCAAACGCUGAACGUCAGUUAGGGGCGUGCCAGGACGAGAUUGAGCAACUUACCGUGAGUCUUAAACGGCUUCAGGAGCGGCUAGACGCUGGCAUGCAUGAGGCCCAGCUGUUGCAGCAAGAAAAGGCGGUGAUGGAGCGGCGGCUGAACGCCGCCCGACGACUACUCGAUGGUUUUGGUUCCGAACGCGUGCGAUGGGCGGAGCAAAAAGGAUCGUUGGCCGAUGUGCGAAAUCGCCUUGUUGGGGACUGCCUUGCCUGUGCCUCGUUCCUCUCCUAUCUUGGAGCGUUUACAUUCCAGUACCGACAGGAGGCCUUGGAGUCACUGUGGCUGAAGGACAUUCGUGAGCGGGGUAUCCCACUCACCGAGGACUUUCAGAUACAGCAUCUCCUCACCGAUGAGGUCUCCAUCUCCCAGUGGGCGAGUGACGGCCUGCCGGUGGAUGCCCUCUCUGUGCAAAACGGUAUCCUCACCACAAUGAGCACGCAGAGUCUUGGCCGAGGACACAAAUCGGGGCGGGUGCGCUUUCCGCUUUGCAUCGAUCCACAAAUGCAGGCUGUGAAUUGGAUCAAGCGGCAGCACAAGUCAAACCCGCGGUUUGAGUGUGCCUCCUUUGGUGACCCGGAUUUUUUGAAGCGGUUGGAGUUUGCUAUUCAGUACGGCAACCCCUUUUUGUUUGAGGGUGUCGAUGAGUUUAUUGACCCCAUCAUAGACUCCGUGCUGGACCCACAGUUCCGCGAGGAGUCCGGUCAGCGCGUCAUACGCAUCGGGGAUAAGGAUGUGGUGUGGGACCCCAACUUUAAGCUUUACCUCUGCACCAAGCUGCCCAACCCAGAGUACGCGGCGGAGGUGUUUGGCAAAACCAUCGUGAUCAACUACGGCGUCACGGAAGACGGGCUUGAGAGCCAGCUGCUUAACUACGUGGUGGCGAGCGAGCGUAGCGACCUGCAGCGGCAGUGUGAGGAGCUUGUACAGACCAUGGCGGAGAGCCGUGCACAGCUGAAGGAGCUGGAGGACACACUGAUUCGUGAGCUGACAUUGGCUACAGGUAACAUUCUUGACAACGACGAGUUGAUUGCGACGCUGGAAAAUACGAAGAGUAGCGCCUUGGAGGUGCAGCAGAAACUGGAACAGGCAAAAGAGACGGCACGUGUCACGGAGAUCUCUCGACAAGAGUACCGCCCUGCGGCUAGACGCGGUGCGCUUCUCUACUUUGUCAUCUCCGAGUUAUCCGUGAUCAACUCCAUGUACGAGUACUCUCUUUCCGCCUUUUUGCACGAUGUUUUUGGGUACUCCAUCACGAAGAGCGAUGCCUCAUUUGAGAUUAAAGAUCGUCUCAACAACAUUAUUCGAGCCCUAACAUAUAACCUGUACUGCUACGUCUGCAUGGGUAUCUUUGAAAAGGACAAACUUAUGCUUUCCUUCCAGAUAACCAUCCGCCUGCUCACGCAGGAGAAUCGAAUGGACCACAAUGAAUUGGAGUUCUUUUUGCGUGGGUGUGUGUUGGGAUCAAAGGAUUACCCACCUAACCCAGUGGAUUGGCUUACGGAGCGUCAAUGGAACGAUGUUUGCAUGUUGUCAAGGACGUGUGAGGUCUUUGCCAACCUCUGCAAUGACGUCUCAAAUAAUGUGGAGGACUGGCGUCACUGGUUCGCGCUAGAUCGCCCAGAGGAUCCAACCAACAUUAUUCCAUGCGGCUACAGUGAACGUAUCAGCGAGUUCCAACUGCUCUGUCUGCUUCGCUGCUUCCGUGGCGAUCGUGUUUAUACAGCUGUCGCUAACUUUAUCAGUAACUGCGACCUUCUCGGCGAGCGCUACGUUAUUCCACCUAUUCUGCGUUACAAGGAUGUUCUAGACAAAAGCUCCUCCACAGCCCCCAUUGUGUGUAUUGUGUCCCCCGGCGCCAAUCCUACGGACGAGAUUGUUAAGCUGGCAACUAAAGAGGUGGGAAUUCAAAAGCUUCGCUCAAUCUCUCUUGGCCAGGGGCAGGGUGAGGAAGCCAUGAAGCUGGUGGAGGUGGGCGUCGUGCGGGGGCAGUGGGUACUGCUGCAAAACUGCCACCUGCUAACAAAGUGGAUGAAGGAACUUGAGAAGGCGAUUGAGCGGAUGGACCAGACGCCUCCCCAGGAGGACUUCCGCCUUUGGCUCACAACAGAGCCAACCAAGGACUUUCCAAUGGGUAUUCUGCAACGGUCUUUGAAGGUUGUGAAUGAACCACCAAACGGGCUUAAAAUGAAUAUGAAAAAUACACUUUCUAGGGUGACCGAAGAGCAACUGGAUGCCUGCAUGCACACCGCGUUCAGACCACUGGUAUUUGCCCUUGCCUUUUUUCAUGCCGUGGUGCAGGAACGACGAAAAUAUGGAAAAAUUGGGUGGAACGUGGUCUAUGACUUUAAUGAGACUGACUUCUCUGUGUCAAUGCGACUGCUUGACACCUAUUUGUCAAAGGCAUUCCGAAACAAUGAUCCUAUUCCGUGGGUUACCCUGCGCUACCUCGUGGGUGAGGCGAUGUAUGGUGGGCGUGUGACAGAUAGUAUGGACCGACGCAUCGUAAAGACGUAUUUAGAGGAGUAUUUUGGGGAUUUCCUUUUUGAUGACUUCCAGCCCUUUCACUUUUACGUAAAUGAGGAGGUGAAUUACUGUCUUCCUCCAGACAGCACUGAUCCAAAUAAGCGAGUUACGCUGCAGCAGAUGAUGGCACACGUGGAUUCCUUUCCAAAGGAUAACACACCUGAUGUCUUUGGACUGCAUCCGAAUGCGGAAACGGGCUAUUUGCGUAAUGCAGCUGUGGGAUUAUGGGCAAGUUUGAUGGAACUUAUGCCGCGUUCUGGAAAAACGGCGGCAGUUGGUGGCAAAUCACGGGAAGCGGCUCUUUUAAAGCUUACUGAACAUGUCUUGUCGCAGAUACCAGAAUCUUUGGACCGUAAGAGGAUUAUGAGGAAAGAAAAGGAACAGGCGCAUGAGAAAGGGUACAGUAACUUGCAGCCUACUCAAGUUGUGUUGUUGCAAGAAAUAGAGCGUUGGAAUCGGUUGGUGGGGCUUAUUGUUUUGUCCCUGAAAGAACUACAAAAGGCUCUCUUAGGUGUCAUUGGUAUGAGUAGUGAUUUGGAUGAGCUUGCAUCCUCGCUGCAUAACGGUCAGUUGCCCGCGUCUUGGCGAAAACUGGCACCCGCAACGCGAAAAAAUUUGGGUCGCUGGUUAGUCCACUUACAGUGCCGUUUCAAGCAGUACGCUGAUUGGGCCAUGAAUGGCGAGCCGCGGUGCAUGUGGUUAUCAGGCCUCAUGGUGCCGGAGUCGUAUAUUUCCGCCCUUGUACAGGUGGUUUGCAGACGCUAUAGGUGGCCCUUAGAUCGCUCUGCCAUCGUGACAAAGUUGACCACCUACGCCACCGCACAGGAGGUGGAGGAGCGACCAAAGGACGGCGCGUACGUGUACGGGCUUUUUAUUGAGGGUGCCAGGUGGGACCUGCGCAAGCGUUGCCUGGCACCUCAACGAAAGAAGGAACUCAUCUCUGAACUGCCCGUGAUGCAUAUUAUUCCCACAGAGUUGUCCAAGGUAAAAAACGUGUCAACGUUUAGAACACCGGUUUACGUGACUUCUGACCGUCGCAACGCGGCUGGCGUGGGUCUGGUAUUUGAGGCCGACCUGGCGACGGACACCCACGCCUCCCUGUUGACGCUGGAGUCUGUGGCAGUUAUUCUUGACUCGGACGAUUAA